AUGGAAUUUGGGAAAAGGGGAUGGAAUCAAGGAGAAGGGGAUGGAAUCUGGGAGAAGGGGAUGGAAUCUGGGAGAAGGGGAUGGAAUCUGGGAGAAGGGGAUGGAAUCUGGGAAAAGGGGAUAGAAUCAGGGAGAAGGGGAUGGAAUCUGGGAGAAGGGGAUGGAAUCUGGGAGAAGGGGGUGGAAUCUGGGAGAAGGGGAUGGAAUCUGGGAGAAGGGGAUGGAGUCAGGGAGAAGGGGAUGGAAUCUGGGAGAAUGGGAUGGAAUCUGGGAGAAGGGGAUGGAAUCUCGGAGAAGGGGAUAGAAUCUUGGAGAAGGGGAUGGAAUCUGGGAGAAGGGGAUUCAAUUAGGGAGAAGGGGAUGGAAUUUAGGGGAAGGGGAUGGAAUCUAGGAAAAGGGGAUGGAAUCAGGGAGAAGGGGAUGGAAUCUGGGAGAAGGGGAUGGAAUCUAGGAGAAGGGGGUGGAAUCUGGGAGAAGGGGAUGGAAUCUGGGAGAAGGGGAUGGAAUCUGGGAAAAGGGGAUGGAAUCAGGGAGAAGGGGAUGGAAUCUGGGAGAAGGGGAUGGAGUCUGGGAGAGAGGGGGAUGGAAUUUGGGAAAAGGGGAUGGAAUCAAGGAGAAGGGGAUGGAAUCUGGGAGAAGGGGAUGGAAUCUGGGAGAAGGGGAUGGAAUCUGGGAGAAGGGGAUGGAAUCUGGGAAAAGGGGAUAGAAUCAGGGAGAAGGGGAUGGAAUCUGGGAGAAGGGGAUGGAAUCUGGGAGAAGGGGGUGGAAUCUGGGAGAAGGGGAUGGAAUCUGGGAGAAGGGGAUGGAGUCAGGGAGAAGGGGAUGGAAUCUGGGAGAAUGGGAUGGAAUCUGGGAGAAGGGGAUGGAAUCUCGGAGAAGGGGAUAGAAUCUUGGAGAAGGGGAUGGAAUCUGGGAGAAGGGGAUUCAAUUAGGGAGAAGGGGAUGGAAUUUAGGGGAAGGGGAUGGAAUCUAGGAAAAGGGGAUGGAAUCAGGGAGAAGGGGAUGGAAUCUGGGAGAAGGGGAUGGAAUCUAGGAGAAGGGGGUGGAAUCUGGGAGAAGGGGAUGGAAUCUGGGAGAAGGGGAUGGAAUCUGGGAAAAGGGGAUGGAAUCAGGGAGAAGGGGAUGGAAUCUGGGAGAAGGGGAUGGAGUCUGGGAGAGAGGGGUGGAAUCUGGGAGAAGGGGAUGGAAUCUGGGAGAAGGGGAUGGAAUCAGGGAGAAGGGGAUGGAAUCUGGGAGAAGGGGAUGGAAUCUGGGAGAAGGGGAUGGAAUCUCGGAGAAGGGGAUAGAAUCUGGGAGAAGGGGAUGAAAUCUGGGAGAAGGGGAUGCAAUUAG